UCUCUCUCUCUCUCUCUCUCUAAACUUCGGGAUAUUAUUUUAAUAAUAAAUGGAUAGAAGGAAGUGUAAUUUGAACAGCAAGCAACUCAAAUCCUCGCUUUCUCUUUGCUAUUAAUAAUAAUUCAUUCACUUCUUGGAUUCAUUCUGUGUUCCAAGCAACAAUCAAUCUCUCUCUCUCUCUGAGAAAAUGGAGGACUAGCCUCUAGCUCUGCUCCACUCAGAUCUGCUUUCGUUUUUCCCUUAAAGGAAUAGUUGUGCAAAGAAAACAUGGCGUUAGGGAAAUAUACUAGAAUAGACAACAGAAGAUCGUCAUCAUCUUACUGCUCGACAGUGUCGAUUGUAAUUUUUGUGGGACUUUGCUUGGUUGGGGUUUGGAUGAUGACAUCAUCGUCCGUGGUUCCUGUGCAAAAUGCGGAUGUGCCUCAGGAGAAUAAGAAUGAGGUUAAGGGAAGAGUGAGUGAGAGCGAUGGGGGUAAUACUCCGCAAUUUGAGGAUAAUCCGGGUGAUUUGCCUGAGGAUGCAACUAAAGGAGACACUAAUGUGAAUUCUGAGAGCAACUCUAAUUCACAAAAAGUCCAAGAUGAGAAGCUGGAAGAAAAGCCCGAGGAAAAGCUUGAAGAGAAGCUGGAGGAAAAGCCUGAAGAGAAGCCGGAGGAAAAGCCUGAAGAGAAGCCGGAGGAAAAGCCUGAUGCAAAUGAUGAUACUAAGUCAGUUGAUGGAUUGAAUACUGAAACAGAAGAUGGAGAAAGAAAAACAGAUGAUGAGGAAACUAAAACAGAUAAGGAAGAACCAAAUUCAGAUGGUGGGGAGACAAAAACAGAUGGAGGUGAGAAUGGUUCUGAUGGAAAAGGUGAUUCUGAAGAUGGCUCUGGUGAGAAAAAAUCUGAUUCGGAUGAGAGUGAACAGAAAUCUAAUUCGAAUGAGAGUGAGAAGAAGUCAGAGAACUUGGAUGAAACAAAGGAGGAAGAAAAGGUGGAUGGUCAGAUAGAGGAGAAGGUGGAGCGAAAUGAUAAGGAGUCAGAUGAUAAAUCCAGCGAGAAAAAGGAAAAUGGACAGGCCCCAAACCAGAGUUUAAGUGAGGUAUUUCCUUCUGGGGCUCAAUCGGAGCUUUUGAAUGAAACUACCACUAAAAUUGGGGCUUGGUCAACUCAAGCGACAGAAUCAAAGAAUGAGGAGGUUCAAACAUCUACACAACAGACUGGUUAUACUUGGAAACUUUGCAAUGUCACUGCUGGGCCUGAUUUCAUCCCAUGCCUCGACAAUUUGCAAGCAAUCAAGAGUCUUAGAAGUACCAAGCAUUAUGAACAUCGAGAGAGGCACUGCCCCGAAGAAGCCCCCACCUGCCUGGUUUCUCUUCCUGAAGGAUAUAGACGCCCAAUUGAGUGGCCUAAAUGCAGGGAAAAGAUCUGGUACUAUAAUGUUCCCCACACCAAGCUUGCUCAAGUUAAGGGACAUCAGAAUUGGGUGAAAGUUACGGGUGAAUAUCUUACUUUCCCUGGUGGUGGAACCCAAUUUAAGCAUGGUGCUCUUCAUUACAUUGACUUCAUACAGGACUCUGUGCCUGGUGUCGCCUGGGGGAAACGCUCCCGUGUUAUUUUGGAUGUUGGAUGUGGGGUUGCUAGCUUUGGAGGCUAUCUCUUUGACAGAGACGUGCUUGCUAUGUCAUUUGCUCCAAAGGAUGAACAUGAAGCCCAAGUUCAAUUCGCACUUGAAAGGGGAAUUCCUGGUAUAUCUGCUGUGAUGGGCACAAAGAGACUUCCAUACCCUGGCAGAGUUUUCGAUGUUGUCCACUGUGCACGCUGUAGAGUUCCAUGGCACAUUGAAGGUGGUAAACUUCUAUUGGAGCUGAAUCGUGUGUUGCGACCUGGUGGUUUCUUUGUCUGGUCUGCUACUCCAGUUUAUCAAAAGCUUCCUGAAGAUGUUGGAAUAUGGAGUGCGAUGAAGGAACUAACAAAAGCAAUGUGCUGGGACCUAGUGUCGAUUAACAAGGACACAGUAAACAAAGUAGGUGCUGCUAUAUUUAAGAAGCCUACUUCUAAUGAGUGCUAUGAGAAAAGAUCACAAAGUGAGCCUCCUAUGUGCCCAGAGCAUGAUGAUCCAAAUGCAGCCUGGAAUGUGUCGUUGCAAGCUUGCAUGCACAAAGUGCCUGUAGAUGCAUCAGUGCGUGGAUCGCAAUGGCCAGAGCAAUGGCCAGCUAGGUUGGAAAAAGCACCUUAUUGGUUGUUGAGUUCCCAGGUUGGAGUUUACGGUAAAGCUGCUCCUGAGGAUUUCACUGCAGACCAUGAGCACUGGAAACACGUAGUGACUAAGUCCUAUCUUAAUGGAAUUGGGAUUAACUGGUCAAAUGUGAGGAAUGUCAUGGACAUGAGUUCUGUUUAUGGAGGAUUUGCUGCCGCUUUGAAAGACUUGAAUGUUUGGGUCAUGAAUGUGGUACCCAUAGACUCCCCAGAUACACUACCCAUUAUUUACGAACGAGGUCUAUUCGGUAUAUAUCAUGAUUGGUGUGCAUCAUUUAACACGUACCCUAGGACCUAUGAUCUUCUCCAUGCAGACCAUCUGUUCUCCAAGGUUAAAAAGAGGUGCAAGUUAGUUACUGUAGUUGCAGAGGUUGAUCGGAUCCUCAGGCCAGAAGGAAAGCUUAUAGUUCGUGACAAUGUUGAGACCAUUAACGAGCUGGAGAACAUGCUCAAGUCCAUGGAUUGGCAAGUCCGCUUGACCUACUCCAAGGACAACGAGGGAUUGCUGUGUGUUCAGAAGUCGAUGUGGCGGCCACAAGAAUCGGAGACACUCAAGUAUGCAAUUGCUUAAGCAUGAUGAUCUCCAAUCGCUUCCUGAAUUACUAUUCUUGAUGGUGUAAUGCUGAAUUGCUGAUUAGAUAUAUAUGUAUAUUUUUUUGUUGCUUGGUAAUUGCUAUUCAUGGUAACUGUACUUCCACCUUAGCUCGUGUAUCAUGUUAGAUAGGUCUUUCAGCCUGUUAUUUUUAAUCACGGAUUUCUAUAUUCUUAUUUCUAUAAAAAGAGGUCUGUCAGAAUUUUUACUGUAAUAUCUUAUUUACUAGUUAUUGAUGGAAAAAAAAAAUAAAAAAUAAAAAUGAAACAUUCUUGCAA